AUGGUCGGAGUCCUCCAGGAAACCAUCACCGUCAGCGACGGCCCCCUCACCAGCGAGAACGCCGCCCUCCUGCGGCCGUCCGACCCCAACCUGCCCGUGGAGGAACUCCGGCAGCGCUACGAGGCCGACGGCUACCUCUUCCUGAAGCAGGUGAUCCCGCGGGCGGACGUGCUCGAGACCCGACGCCGGUACUUCGACUACCUGGCGCCGACGGGGGUGCUAAAGGAAGGGUCGGACCCGGUGGAGGGGAUCUUCAACCCGAGCAAGUCGGCGGACGACUACCCGGGCAUCGGAGCGGCCAGCGUCGCGGGCAACGGGCGGCCCGGCGGCGACAGCGCGGCCGAGUUCGUCGACCGCGCCAUCGAGGCCCACUACAAGGACUGGUACGUCGACCAGCUCUGCAACCACCCGGCCCUGUACGCCUACGUCGCCAAAUUCACCGGCUGGGGCGCCAACACCCUCACCUUCAAGCGCACCCUGCUGCGCAACAACACCCCGGGCACCAAGCCCAUCGGCGUGCACUACGAUCAGAUCUUCAUUCGCCAUGGGGAGCCCACCAGUGUCACGGCUUGGGUGCCGAUUGGGGAUGUGAAGAUCAAUGGGGGAGGGUUGAUUUAUUUGGAAGAUAGUGAUUCGGUAGGCAAAAAGAUCGAGGACGACUUCACAGUCAAGGCCAAGCAGGCGGGGCUGUCGGACGAAGAGGCCCGGUCGGCCUUCAACUCGAAUAUGACCGCCAACGCACUGCUGUCGGAAGCUCCGGCCGAGUUUGCCAAGGAACACGGUCGUCGCUGGCUGGUCGCGGCGUACGAAGCCGGGGACGUCGUCCUACAUAAGCCCCAUAUGAUCCACGCCUCGACCGUCAAUAAUGACCCGGAUAAUGUCAUCCGUCUGGCUACGGAUAUCCGGUUCUGCGACUCGUCGAAGCCGUACGAUAAGAGAUGGAUGAACUUCUAUCGGUUCAAUGAUGGUGUCUAGCG